UGUGCAUGUGCGUGUGUGUGUGUGUGUGAGACACACAGAGAGGCAGCCGAGAUGAGAGUGUGAAGCGGCGAGAGGGGAAACCUCGAAAGAACAGCAAAGGCGAUCUGGGAAAAGGGGGAGGAGGGAGGCAGCGAACAUAGCAACAACAACACACACAAGAAGAAGAAGAAGAAGAAGAAGAAGAAGAAGAAGAAGAAGAAGAAGAAGAAGAAGAGGGGAGGGAGAUAAAGUGUCCUUUGGUAGUCCGGGUGCCAGAAAGAUGUAAAGACGAUAGAUGAACAGCCACUAAACGCACACCAGCAUCCUGUCCUGGAGCCUUGACAGGAGGGGACGAGAAAGAAAAAAAUCCACACACACACACUCUCAAAGGCAAAAAACCACCAACGGGGUCCCACGUCCACGGGAUGAUGUCGUCUCCGGGGUCAACCAACCACAACAAGCGCCUGGCGUCGGAGACGGAUAACUCCCAGCGGGUGUUGUACAACGACGCCGCACAGCACCUGAAGCUGAAGGACAGACAGCGCUUUUUCGAGGAGGUCUACCAGCACGACGUCGACAACUACCUGCCCUCUCCUCACCUGCUGGUGGACUGCAGGAAACCGCCCAUGGGCAGCAUCUCCUCUAUGGAGGUGAACGUUGACGUCCUGGAGCAGAUGGACCUGAUGGACAUCUCGGACCAGGAGGCCCUGGACGUGUUCCUCAACUCGGGCUCGGGGGCGGACGAGGGAGCGCUGGCAUCUCCACUUCCAGGUGAAGACGAAGAAGACGAGGAAGAAGAUGAGGAAGACGAAGAGGCAGAGGUCUUGUACAGGGAGCGAGCGCCUCUGAAGCGGCAGGACGAAGUCAACCGCGGCUCCAAGCCCCGCGGGUCCUCCACGUCGUCCGGUUCCAGCGACACCAGCGGGGGGGGCGGAGUCGACACGCCCGUGAUCCAGUCGGACGACGAGGAGGUCCACGCCGACACUCUGCUGCUGACCUCUGAUCCCCACGCCAGGGAUGAAGAAACGGAGGAGGAAGACGAGGAGGAACGAGGCCUCGCGACUCUGUCCCCAUAAGGAGAUGUUCAUUUUACUCUCUGAAACUAUUUUCGUCAUUCAACUUAAUAUGCAAAUAAAAAGGAGUCAUCCUCGCUCCCAUGCACUAACCUGUUCUGGCUGAGAGGGGGAAAUACAUUCUUUAGUCUCGCUCUCACUGCCAGAGGAAUUUCUUCUUCUUCCGAACAGUCGUAAGAAACAGGAGCAGAAACACGAGUAAAAGAACGGAGUUAAGUCCUAAAAAUCCAGGGCAAUCUGUAAAAAGCAAUCAAAGCUUUUUAACUUGUACUUUAAACUCUGAGGCCCUUGGAUGUCCCUCAUCUUUAAUGACCUUUUACAUACCGGUACAGUUCCUCUCGGGAGUUUCCAUUGAAGUCAUUAACAGUGGAGUGACAGCUGUUUGAGGGAUAGUCUUAAAGAGUGAUUAGACGGGAAUGGACCGACUUCAAUGGAUCAAAGGUGCAGUAAAAAAAGUAAAACAACAACAACAACAACAAAAUCAAGUUAGAUUCAUUGCCAGGUGUAAACUCACAGUCACAGUAUGACCAAUGGAAACGCUUUUGUAAAAAGUGCAUGACGUUUCUGUUCUCGUUAUCGUGACUGCAUCGUGCGUAACGAUGAUGUAACUGCAGAGUGUUGCAUGUUACUCCUCCCCUCCACGUGAGGCGGGGAUUCGAGAGUUGAAUAUAUAUUUGACCCAGUGGCGGGCCGUGCAUUUUAUACCUCGGCCUUCAAUGCCGUCUUACAGCUGAACAACCUAAUGUAAGAUAUUAGUUCACCAGUGUUCCGGUCCGGGGCUUUUAUUGUGAAGGAGCAGACGGAAGGAGAUAAAGUUGCAGUGUUUCUUGUGUUAUUAAGUAACGUAAAACCCUCAGUUUGCGUUACACUAAUAACCUCAUUAUCACGCGACAGCUGCAAGUUAUUAUUGGUUUGGUGUAAACACCUCGUAUUCACAUGACACUGCAACAAGUGAAAUGAAAUGUUACAUGAAGCGCAACACCUACAAAUACAAACCCGCAGAGUGCAGAUUCAUAAACACGCGCAUGACGGGAUGCUGCGUCAUUAACGGACAUUGAUUGUAGUCCACACCAACGUAAUAAACACAAUGACUACAACACAUUUACCAGAACCAGCAACAUGUAUAUAUAACAAAACUAUCGGACAGAACUGUGGCACUAAAACGCCUCACACUCAAUAGAAUCAGAAAGAACCAUAUAAUUAAAAAAACAGAGACAAGUGAACACAACAAGCAGCUCACUCACCAAAUCCCUUCACUUCAAGUUAAAGUCCAUCCUCCUUUCUUUGCCAACACGCAACUCAAUGAAGCUAGCUAGCUGUGGUGCGGCCGUAGGUUAUAAUUUCCGUCUUUUCCUGAAACGUCCUCCUUUAGAAAGGCUUCGAAAUUAAAUCUGCCACCAAGUCCGCUUCUCUUCCUUCCGCCAUUAAAAGGUAAAAGCAAAAAACUAAAACUGCGGUGACUCGUUGACUUCUUCACCAGCACUAAUCUAUCUCCUUUUCCUGUCAAUUGAACUGCAUGCGGGCCCGCUAACCAAUCACAGCGCAUGUAACACCCUGUUCUGUUUCUCUUGUGUUCCGUGUCUCCUAUGCCUCCUCUGUGUCUCCUCUGUCUUGAUUGUUUCAUUCCCUGCACCUGCCCUCAGCCACUCUUGUCUCGUUACUGUCUGAUGUCGUACACCUGUGUUUCCCCCCCUAUAUAUUGUGUCAGUCUUUCACUUGUCUGCUGUCGGAUUAUCGUCUUUAGUUCUGUGUCUUUUUCCCGUCGUCCUGUCCGUGUUCCUGGUUCUACCUGUUGACCCUGCCUGCCCCUUUUGGACCUUGUUUUUUGUAAACUGUUUUGCCUCAUUAAAGAGUGCUUUUUUUGUUAUUCAUAUUGAAUCCAGCCUAUCUCUCUGCGCCUGAGCCUCACCCCGUCACAAGAACCUGACAGCGCAGGUUAAUCUGACAUACUUGCAUGAGCUUCCAGAAGGCCAAAGACCGAAAAAAAUACACCCAGUAUGUCAAACUAGCGAUAUGAUUGGUUGAAGAGUAUCUCAGUCACCGAUAAGGUCUCCAUGUACUUCACCAGGCUGUACUUGGCCUGUGUGAAGGCCUGAGAUGAGCUGGUCUUCUUCCAUAGAGACUGUGGAGCUGACAUCUGAUUGGAUAAAAGCUCCCGUUAAAAUAAAUUAGACUGGAAGCAGCGCUGCCGGAUGGAAGCGAAGCAACAGAGGAAGACAAUAGUGCGAUAAGAAAAUAAAAAUCAAGAAAAUAUAUAUAUAAUUUUUUUAAUUAUUAUAAAAUAGCUAUAACUUUGUAAUUAUGUUAAGGCCCUGACGGCCCGCCACUGAUUUGACCAUGUGGCGAGUGAGUAAUUCAGCUGAAAAAUGGAUGUGUUUGUUUUGGCACAUGCAGUAUCUGCUUGAUUUAUUGUGUGGCUGUGUGAGUAGAGUACGUGGCAUCUGUGUGUGCGGGUUGAGGGUGUGGAGGGUUACACACAACCGGUAUUCCCCUGCUGGAACCAUGUGGCGCUAUUCAAAACAACCCUUUUUUACAGUGUUGAAUGAUGUGUAGAACGCCUCUUCCCCCUCUUGAACUGAACACCUUGAUAUAAAUGAAAAUAAAAACAAAACCGUUUAAAGAC